GUCCUUUCGUAACCAGAAGUGGCCCUCCCGAGAGGCGUGGCUAAGGCGCGCUUGCAGGAUACGGUGGCCCGUCAGGGCUAGGAAAGCGUGAAAUCUCGCGCGAUUGCGCUGCGCCGUCGGGGACGGGGCGGGGCUGGCGGCGGGGGCGGGGACCCGGAGCGGGAAGAUGGCGGCGGCGCAGGAGGCGGACGGGGCCCGCAGCGCCGUGGUGGCGGCCGGGGGAGGCGGCUCCGGUCAGGUGACCAGCAAUGGCAGCAUUGGGAGAGACACGCCAGCAGAGACCCAGCCUCAGAACGCACCACCCCAGCCAGCACCCAAUGCCUGGCAGGUCAUCAAAGGUGUGCUGUUCAGAAUCUUCAUCAUCUGGGCCAUUAGCAGCUGGUUUCGCCGAGGGCCAGCCCCUCAGGACCAGGCGGGCCCUGGAGGAGCCCCACGUGUCGCCAGCCGCAACCUGUUCCCCAAAGACACUUUAAUGAACCUGCACGUGUACAUCUCAGAGCACGAGCACUUUACAGACUUCAACGCCACCUCGGCACUCUUCUGGGAGCAGCACGACCUUGUGUAUGGCGACUGGACUAGCGGGGAGAACUCAGACGGCUGCUACGAGCACUUUGCUGAGCUUGACAUCCCACAGAGCGUCCAGCAGAACGGCUCCAUCUACAUCCACGUUUACUUCACGAAGAGUGGUUUCCACCCAGACCCCCGGCAGAAGGCCCUGUACCGCCGGCUUGCCACAGUCCACAUGUCCCGGAUGAUCAACAAAUACAAGCGCAGGCGAUUUCAGAAAACCAAGAACCUGCUGACGGGAGAGACAGAAGCAGACCCAGAAAUGAUCAAGAGGGCUGAGGACUAUGGGCCUGUGGAGGUGAUCUCCCACUGGCACCCCAACAUCACCAUCAAUAUCGUGGACGACCACACGCCGUGGGUGAAGGGCAGUGUGCCCCCUCCCCUGGAUCAGUAUGUGAAGUUUGACGCUGUGAGCGGUGACUAUUACCCCAUCAUCUACUUCAAUGACUACUGGAACCUGCAGAAGGACUACUACCCCAUCAACGAGAGCCUGGCCAGCCUGCCGCUCCGUGUCUCCUUUUGCCCGCUCUCGCUCUGGCGCUGGCAACUCUAUGCCGCCCAGAGCACCAAGUCGCCCUGGAACUUCCUGGGUGAUGAGUUGUAUGAGCAGUCAGAUGAGGAGCAGGAUUCAGUGAAGGUGGCCCUGCUGGAGACCAACCCCUACCUGCUGGCGCUCACCAUCAUCGUGUCUAUCGUUCACAGUGUCUUCGAGUUCCUGGCCUUCAAGAAUGAUAUCCAGUUCUGGAACAGCCGGCAGUCCCUGGAGGGCCUGUCUGUGCGCUCCGUCUUCUUCGGCGUUUUUCAGUCAUUUGUGGUCCUCCUCUACAUCCUGGACAACGAGACCAACUUUGUGGUCCAAGUUAGCGUUUUCAUCGGGGUCCUCAUCGACCUCUGGAAGAUCACCAAGGUCAUGGACGUCCGGCUGGACCGGGAGCACAGGGUGGCAGGUAUCUUCCCCCGCCUGUCAUUUAAGGACAAGUCCACGUAUAUCGAGUCCUCGACCAAAGUGUAUGAUGAUAUGGCGUUCCGGUACCUGUCCUGGAUCCUCUUCCCACUCCUGGGCUGCUACGCCAUCUACAGCCUUCUGUACCUGGAGCACAAGGGCUGGUACUCCUGGGUACUCAGCAUGCUCUAUGGCUUCCUGCUGACCUUUGGCUUCAUCACCAUGACACCCCAGCUCUUCAUCAACUACAAGCUCAAGUCCGUGGCCCACCUGCCAUGGCGCAUGCUCACCUACAAGGCCCUCAACACCUUCAUCGAUGACCUGUUCGCCUUUGUCAUCAAGAUGCCUGUUAUGUACCGAAUUGGCUGCCUGCGGGAUGAUGUGGUUUUCUUCAUCUACCUCUACCAACGGUGGAUCUACCGCGUCGACCCCACUCGGGUCAACGAGUUUGGCAUGAGUGGAGAGGACCCCACAGCUGCCAUCCCUGUGGCCGAGGUUCCCACAGCAGCAGGGGCCCUCACGCCCGAACCUGCACCCACCACGACCACCGCCACCAGGGAGGAGGCCUCCACGUCCCUGCCCGCCAAGCCCACCCAGGGGGCCAGCUCUGCCAGCGAGCCCCAGGAAGCCCCUCCAAAGCCAGCAGAGGACAAGAAAAAGGAUUAGUCGCAACUGGUCCUGGCCUGCUCCGGCUCCUGGUGACCACCACCCCUGUGCCCCGGCCCCCCCACCCCCACUCCCUGUCGCCCUUUCCCUGGACAGAUCAGGCCAGGGUGGCAGGAGGCCCGCCUCGGGCCAGGGCCCAGUGUGUGACGUAGGGGCCGGGGCAGGCCAGGGCUUGUUUGUGGAGGCGCCGUCUGUCCCUCUGUCUCUCUGUUUCCAGCCAUCUCGCCCUGCCAGCCCAGCACCACUGGGAAUCAUGGUGAAGCUGACGUGGUGCUGCCGAGGGGGUGGGCGGGGGUGGGGCUGGGGCCGGGCCCCGCUACAGGAUGACCAUGGCCGUCCAUCAUCUUGUCCCUCAUCCCUCAACCACAUCCCCCCAACCACCGCCCUUUAACACAGUCUGGAUUUAAUAAAUUCAUAUGGGUGUUUAACUUAAACUCA